UACGUUCGUCAUGUUCAGCCUCUAGCAUUUGCUCCUUCCAUCGGAGUAGUUCAUCUUCUGACACGUUUCCCAGCGCCAACUGCAUCAGUCACUCCCGAUCAGCCGAGCCACCAAGCCACGAUGAGCUGCAGCACCGUCAAACUACUGCUAGCGUUGAUGCCUGCUCUCGUCAUGUCCCAAGAAGCCCUCGAAGCAGACUGCCAGCGCAAGCUGGGAGCAUCCGCCGAAGAUCUCCAGAUCACGCGGGAACUUCGCCUGCCGGAAAGCCGACUCCAGAUGUGUCUGUACGACUGUAUUCUGCAGGGGGUGGGAUUUUCCGACGGGCGCCAGUUCAACCGGGACGGAUACCUGAGCUUUUCGUUGGCCAACGUUGACCGGAAGAGGCAACCGAUGGUGCGGGAGAUGGGGGAAAAGUGUGACGGGAUUUCGAACGAGCACGAUUGCUGCCAGCUGGCUGCCGACAUCGUGGCGUGUCUGCGGGAGGGAAUGUUGAAGUACGCGGUGUGAAAGUUGAACUGGUCAAACUGGUCCAACAAAAUUUGAUUUUAUAAUAAGUUCAAGUUAUUUAAAGUUCAAGGUUUUGCCUUCCUCAGGCUAUAACAUC